AUGUUUCAUAUAAAAAACAGGAUGAGGUUGCCCUUUUCCACCACUCCACUUUCGCUUGUUUUGAUACUUUCUCCAAUGCUUCUUUGUUUCUUAAUUUCUUUCCAAUUAUUUUUCCAUAAAGAAACGCUUUUUUACUCUUCCUCACAACGACAAUUUAGAUCAGACGAUGGGUUGUAUUAUUACACGCCACCACAUUACAACGACUCUUCUCUCGACGUUCGGAAUUUUGUAUAUACUGGUGUGUGUAAUAAAGUAUUCAAAUAUAAACCAAAUAACCGCCGCGACUUGUGGUUAACUGCCGUUGGCUUUCGCGACGAGCUUUACUGGCAGAAUAUCAAGAAGGACACCCGACUUGCGUUUGGUCUUUCACAGUCUUCCAUUCCAAGUGCUGACCGUGUUUCUUUAUUAUUAGAAGGACUUCAAUUUGACGAAUUUUACUCAGCAGCGAAACAAUAUGGCGUCCGUGUUGAGGUUGUAAAAUUCACCAAAGAUGGACAAGACGCGACACGACGGUUUUUGGCGUACUUAGACUUUCUAAAGAAAAACAAGGGGAAGUACGACCGAGUACUAAUCAGUGACCAACGAGACGUUUUCAUAUUUGCGGACUUCUUCAGCACGUUCUCACAAGACGAUUUGAUCUUUGCUGCGGAGUGCGAGUAUGGUGGAGUCAAUUGUAUUCGAUUUGAUGAGAUAAAUAACUUCAAAGCAAUUGAACAAGCGUAUGGCGUAGACGAAGCCAAUAGAUUUAAGAACAACAGAUCGAUUUUAAUUAACGUGGGAACAGUGUUUGGAGGGGUAGAUAGAGUAGAAAAGUACUUAGAAAGGAUGGUGAGUAAUAUUGAUGAAAAGGAGUGGGGAAGGUGGUAUUAUGACCAAGCACUUCAUAAUCACGUGUUUUAUACAUAUUAUUAUAAUAAUAAACUAGAAAAUAUAACAGUGGAAACGUGUACUCAAAGAUUCUGUUUCAGAGAGAAAAACACUAUUGUAUACAACAAAGUAAGAAAAACUCUGAAAACUAAAAACACGGGAUGCUCACCUGUAUUAAGACAUAAAAUCGCAGCUAAAGGUUUUUAUAUUGACGCAGACUGGUAUAAAGGAAAACUUAAUAUCAUUAAAUAA